UUUGCCGGAGUCCCGGGAGCUGUCAAUCAAUCGUCUCGUAGGGGGAGACUGUAGGGGGAUGAUGGGUUUUGCAGCGGUCAUGGUCAGCGCAGUCCCGCAGCUCGUUCUGCAGCAUGUGGUCAGGAGGAAUCAUUUAGCAAGGAAAUUAAUGAGACUGGCAGCAACUUACGUGAGCAGUGCUAAAGAUUCUGGCCUUUCGUACCAAGCAGCAGUGUGCACUGAGCUGAAGAAACCAUUAGUGAUCCAGAAGCUGCCUUCACUUCCACUCAAACCCACUGAGGUGCGUGUGGAUGUUCAUUACUGUGGUGUGAACUUUGCUGAUUUUCUGAUAUGUCGGGGCCUGUAUCAAGAGCAGCCUCCAAUGCCCUUCACUCCAGGAAUGGAGUUCACAGGGUCUGUGCUGGAGGUUGGUCCCAAUGUCACAGCGAUUCACAAGGGAGACCGUGUGAUCGGUGUGAGUUCUACUGGGGCAAUGGCAGAACAGUGCGUUGUUGACCACACGAUGCUGUGGCCCAUUGGAGAGGAGAUCCCCUAUGAAGUGGCUGCUGCUCUCCCAGUUUCAUAUGGCACAGUGAUUCUGGCACUGCAGCACCGAGCGAAGACAAGGCCAGGGGAGACAGUUCUCAUUACGGCAGCCGCUGGUGCAGCUGGACUUGCAGCUGUGGAUUCUGCAUCCCAUGUUCUAAACACUAAGGUCAUUGCAGCUGCUGGGACUGAUGAGAAGUGUGAACUGGCAGUGCAGAAGGGUGCUGUGGCAAGCAUCAAUUAUACUACAAAGAACUUGAAGGAGGAGGUGAAAAAGCUGACUGCAAACAAAGGGGUGAAUGUGGUCUUCGAUGCCGUUGGAGGAGACAUAUUCAAGGAUGCCUUCAGCAGCCUAGCCUGGGAAGGCAGAAUCGUGGUUGUCGGAUUUGCUGGCGGAAAUAUACCGUCUGUGCCAGCUAACCUUCUGCUUCUCAAGAACGUGGCAGCCAUGGGUGUUUAUUGGGGAAGAUACCAACAUCAAGAUUUCCCAGUCUUCUCUAGGUCCAUCAUGUCUGCAGUCCAGUACUGUCAGGAAGGAAGGAUCAAACCUCGGGUUGGGGCUGUUUAUAAACUGCAACAGUGCAGUUUUCGGGCCAGCUUUGUGAGGACGCGCUGCUCGGACGCCCGAGAGACAAGCACAAUUUUUGCCUUGAGCUCGGGUCAGGGCAGGUGCGGGGUCGCUGUCAUCCGAGUGAGCGGCCCCGGCAGCAGCGAGACGCUGGUCCGCCUGACUGGCCGGAGAGCUCUUCCGCCGGCCAGAGCCGCUGCCCUCCGGCCGCUGCUGGACCCCGGGACCGGGGAGCGCCUGGACACGGCGCUGGUGCUGUGGUUCCCGGGACCUCGCAGUUACACCGGCGAGGAUUGCUGCGAGCUCCAUGUCCACGGGGGGCCGGCGGUGGUCGGCGGAGUCCUCCGAGCCCUGGGAGACCUGCCCGGGCUGCGGCCGGCGGAGGCAGGCGAGUUCACGAAACGCGCCUUCCUCAACGGGAAGCUGGACCUGACCGAGGUCGAGGGGCUCGGAGACCUCAUUCACGCCGAGACCGAAGCCCAGAGGAGGCAGGCUCUGCGGCAGAUGUCCGGCGACCUGGGGCACCUGUACCGCGGCUGGAGCGAGAGGUUAACGCGGUGCCUGGCCCAUGCAGAGGCUUACAUCGAUUUCAGCGAAGACGGCAACAUCGAGGAGGGAGUCCUCGACAGCGUGGACGGCGAUGUGCGAGCUCUGCAGCGGGAGAUCGACCGGCACCUCGGCGACAGGCGCCGCGGCGAGAGGCUAAGGAGCGGAGUCCAUGUAGCAAUUGUCGGGCCGCCGAACGCGGGAAAAAGUAGCCUUCUGAACCGCAUCUGCCAGAAACCCGCCGCUAUCGUCUCCCCCGCGGCCGGGACCACCCGGGACGUGGUGGAGGCGGCCCUGAAUCUCGGAGGCUAUCCCGUUCUCCUGUGCGACACCGCGGGACUCCGAGAGACUCCCGACCCCGUGGAGCGGGAGGGCGUGAGGCGCGCCCGGGAAAGGUUUCGCCAGGCGGACGUGGCGCUCUUCGUGCUGGACGCCGCGGAACUGGUCUCGGAGCCGUCCGGCGCGGUGCCGCGUUUGCUCCGAGGCCAUCCGAGCGAGGUGGCCGUGCGUGAACCUGACGAGCGUCCAGCUCCAGCCGGGAGCCCGGCGGUGGCGGACUCGAUCGUGGUCUGCAACAAGACCGAUCUCGUUCAGCCAGAGGAGCUGGAGACGCUGCGCUUGGUUCUGAAAGAACAGGGGCUCGCUCGGGUGUGCCUGCUGUCAUGCAAGACCGGCAGCGGCUUUGACGACUUCUUGCGCCUCCUGGGAGAACAAGUCGAAAAAAUGUGUGGGAAUCCGUUGGCCGGCAGCCCCAGUUUAACUCAGGCCCGUCACCGGCUGCACCUGCAGAACUGCACCCGUGCUCUGACGGAGUAUUGCCAGUACCGAGAGUUGGAUCUCGUCCUGGCAACGGAGCAGCUGAGAGUAGCCUUAAGACAACUAGGAAAGAUCACUGGGAAGAUUGGAGCCGAAGAAAUCCUGGAAGUCAUAUUCAGGGAUUUCUGCAUUGGAAAAUGAAACUUCUGGAGAAAGAGCUUUUAAACUCGUCCAGUGUCAUUGAGACUUUACAUGGGGUGGGGAGCAGCACUCCAACUUUUGGGGACAGACUAAGAUGGGGGCUGGAUUGCAGCGGGCAAACAACCCUUGCAGAACAUCAUGAAUCACUUCAAAUGUUACAGACUCCUCAAGCUAAGUGGCAUUGAAUAAAAGCCAAGAGAGAAUCUAUUACUGCAGGAACUAUUAAUGUAUUCACAACCUCCAUUGACUUUAGUAGCUCACAGACAUUUUAAUUGGGAUUCACUGAUUGAACAGCAGGCAUCUAUUUUCAUUUUUUUAAAAAAAACUUUAUUUUACAUAUAAAGCAAUACACAUCAAGAUGAAACAAAAAAAUGACUGUCAUGCCAUUUAAAUAUAAUUAAAUUCAGAUGUUAAAUCAAGUAGAGUUUAAAAAUAAUGAGAUGGUAAAUUGACUUCCUCUGUCACAUAAAGACAUGAGUAAUCAGUUUCUGAAUUGUGCAGAGCAGGAAGAUUUCAGAUUUGAUUCACUCUGUGCUGAGUUAUAUUAUCCAAGAGGAGUAGUUGGCACUGCUACAGUUAGCUGUCUGGAGUUAGGAAGAGGAGAAAAGCAAAUGGACAGGAUUCCCGUUCUUCCCUGUUAUCGAGCACUGGAAAUCUGAAUAAACACCAAAAGCACUGCGGAUGCUGCAAGUCAGAAACCUGGAAAUCUGAAGGCUGGGAAAUGAAUACCAUGAGCUUGAUCACAUAGCCAGUUGCACUUGUUUCUGAUGGGCACAAGUGGAUAAUUGAAACAAGAACCAGAGGACGUGUAUCUUCUGUAGAGCUGAACCCCAGUUAAUGCCUCCAGGGGACGAGAGGGUAUGAGUAGAGGAAAGUGGUAAAGGAGAGGUACAGUGUUAAAGCAAAAAAAAGUCUCAAAUCAGAAUAAGACCUAUUUGCUAAUACUGACUUAUGGAAAUAAAACAAGCUGGUGUUUCAAAUAAGAAUCGAUUCCUGACCCAUUUUGUAAAAUG